GAGCGAUAUUACAAAUCUAAAAAUAAUGCUGCCGAUCAUGCUGAGCUAUAAAUAUUCAGCCCUUUCCCUCUUUUCACUUAUAUAUCUAAGGGCUCUGAGGUGUAUAUAUUGGUGUAUUAAGCAGUCUUUCGGACUACAAGAAGUGCCUGUUUCUAAUAGAUAUAUCGAUCAGGUUGUUUGCCUCCCCCCAUGACGAAAAGUUUAAUUUCCAUUACUUCCGAGGAUUCUCAUGGCUCCAAUUCGUUAAUUAAGGAGCAAAAAGCAUUUUGGUUAUACUGCUGGUUGUUCUACAAAGGAAUGAAGAUUUUGCACUCUAAAAAGAAAAUCAUUAUGCAUCAACUGAAAUAUGAACUUAAGUUGCUAAAGAGACUUGAGCUGAUGAAUUGUAAGUCAGCAGUCACACCUGCUGAGAUAAAUCAUAAGUUAGAUUCUGAUGAUGAAGGUGAGGAUAUUGAUGCUACAACCUUCAAACAGUUGGUUGGAUGUCUGAGAUGUUUGUGUAACACUAGGCCUGACAUCUGUUAUAUAAUUGAAAUUGUGAGUAGUUUUAUGGAUAAACCAAAGUGGUCACAUUAUUAA